CAAGCAGCAAGCAACUCCGACUCCCUCACCCUCGACCUCCUCCUUCGACGCCAGCGUCCCUCGACGGGCUCAAGGCACAAGCAGCCUCCAGCAAGUUGCCUCUCUUCUUCCUUCCCGAGCAAAAGCCAGUCUUCUCCGCCGAGUGUUCCACCGACGACAAUUUCCGCCCUCGAGCAACGUCAAACGGCACUCAACAGCUAGUACAAAACCCCUGUGUGCCUUGUCUCUAUCUUAUCAGUGUCUAGGAACAAGAUACAAGCACGCAGACAAUAAUCGAAGCUUGACCAACAGCGACUCGCUAUGUUCAACGCUGCUCAGUCCCCCAGCACGCCCGAUGAUGCAUCACAGCACUCGCCGCGUCUCGCAGAUCUGUCCCCUCCAGCACCGGCGCCGCUCGACCUCAAGGCCCCGAUCCCUGAAGAGUCUGAAGCAGAUGUUGCUGCAGAGUCGGAUGGGUCAGGCUCACACUCACCCAUCCACCAACAUGCCGCAGCGGGUCUUCCCAUCUCUGGCGCAACAGGGAAGCAAGCAGCAGCGCAUGAUGUUCAUACGCCGAGUCCACUCUCUCUACCUGAUGGACCCUUUGCAGAUACAGGACGCGGUGUUCCGCCAUCGCCUGGUAGAAAUGCAGCGCCGUCGCGCGCAUCUACCUUGCCUGCUCACGAAGGAGCUGGUGGUGUUGUCCGCAAGACGAGUACAUCAGGCACUAAGCAGGCCGGUGGACAUAGUCUCAUUCGCAAGCUCUCUGGCAUCCACAUCUUUGGCAAGCACAAAGACAAACAAGGCUUGAGUUCCCCCGUGGAUGACCAGAAAUCCUUCAAACAAGCACAAGCAGAGCGUCAUCAGGUUGAGCUCGUUCAUCCUCGCACACAAGAUGUUUCACAGCCGGCAGAAAACAUGCGUCGGCAACGCUCUCCCUCCAACAAUAACCUACAAACACCACCGGUUCAGCACGGUGGACGGGCCAUGUUUAGUAUGGGUGACUCGCGUGGCACAACCCCUGCAGCUACUCCUGGCGUCUCUCGCGGGCCGAGCAGACAAAGCUCUGUGCAUGAUUUGCCACAGAGUAGUGCGAGCAGUAUGCAAGGAGACGCAGCGCAUUCACCCACCUCUACAGUGCACCCACGUCAUUCAGAAGCGCAAGCUUCACCGAGUAUCAUGGAUGCGUUGCAAGAUGACCCAGACUUCAUGCCGAAACCCGUCCGCUCGCGCUCAACGUUUGGCUUUUGGUCCAAGGACAAGGAUAAGCAGGCCACACAAAACAUUGGUGGUGCUGAUGUACGUCGUGUGUCCAGCUUCAAUCACAACACCAAUGGCGCGCCUGUUGCCGUGGAUAUUCCUGGACGGCCACGGUCCGGUACAGGUCAAAGCAUGUCGGAUCUCUCACGGACACUCAGCAAGACGUCCCUUGUUCGCGGUGCAGGCUGGGGUGCUAUAACUGGACAACUCCCUAAAUUCGACAACCUCUACGUCUACCAGGAAGCCGACUCGAAACUCCUCAAGCUUCCCAAGAAGGGCGCAAAAGGACAAGUGGGUGAAGGUGCCGGUGGACUUGUCCGUACCGCGCGUUUAAAGUCUGGUAAAAAGCCGCAAUACCAUGCUGAAUCACAAGGUGGUGAUCUCGGUCUUUUCGCAGUCAAGACAUUCGCCAAGAAGCGGGAAAAGGAGGAUGAAGGCUUUUACUGUGCAAAACUCGUGCGUGAGUUCCGUGUCCACUGUGCUUUGUCGCAUGCGAAUAUCGUCAAGCUGGCGGAUAUCUGCGUUGAGGACCACAAAUUCGGCGAACAGUCGUUUGUUGCAGUGAUGGAUUACUGUAUCGGUGGCGACUUGUUUGACUUGCACUACCACGCCUACAAUGCGAUUGACCAAGGUGUCAUGGGAAAAGCGGAGAAGAACUGCUGUUACAAGCAGCUCAUGUUUGCCGUCAACUACAUGCAUCAGCAAGGCAUCGCCCAUCGCGACAUUAAGCUUGAGAAUAUGCUCAUGAACGGCCAUGGUCAGCUUAAGCUCGCAGAUUUCGGUACAAGUGUGUUUGUCUCUGGUCCUGAUGCAGAGUCAUGUCGCGGCGUCGUUGGCACAGACCAUUCGAUUCCACCAGAAGCCUAUCAAAGCGGGUCACGAGACGGACCGGCGUAUGAUGGCCUCAAGGCUGAUAUAUGGGCAUGUGCGUGUGUCUUUCACUUUUUGACAUGGGAGAAUGACUCGCCUGCGGCUGCACUCAAUGCGUAUCCGUUUGGUGGUGAGGGAGCCGAUCCACGACCCUCCAACAAAAACAAGUCAUGGAGCAAGUACAUCAACAACCUGAAGCGCUACGAGCCAAAUAAGUUCUUGCCGGGCUAUGAAGGUGGCGAAGUGGCCAUGUCGCCGACUGGCAGUAUGCCUGGAACACCCAUCUCUCGACAGGCUUCAAGUGUGCACAGCAGCGACAAUGGCUUCCCCGGCAGUUAUGCGAGCAAGCACACCGUGCAUUCCGUGACGGAUGCAUCACUCGAUGACUGUCGUGACCCACUUCGAAAGAAGGCGCCGUUCUGCAGAUUACCGGCAUCCAGCUUUACCUCCAUGAAGGGCAUGUUUGAUCCUAAUCCCGAUACCCGCUGGACGGCCGAGAUGGUUUUGCAGGAUAAAUUCUUUGACUUGAUUGAUUGCUGCCAGCAAGACUCCAAUCCAAAUGGCUACAGACCGUCUGCUGCACGGCACAAGAAGAAGCAGGGACAGCAGAGUAAAGUGCACAAUCACAUUCGGCCUGGAGCGCGCAAGUUGAUGGAGAGCAACAGUGUUGAGCAAGGAAGGCAUCAAGAUCAGGUGAAUGAGAUGCGAAGUGCCUUGCCUUCCUCAUAAUUGUUUAAAUGUGUUUAUGUUAUACUAAAGAUGGA